CUCAAGCUCUCCAUACAGAGGGGUGGAAUCUGUGAGAUUGAGCUCCGCAGAAAGCCCAACCCCGUUCUUGUAAAAGGCAGCCAUUUCUUGUUUCUUCUGUUUUCUCAGAUGCGUUCCCUUUCUACCCACGAUCUUCCCGUGAUCAAGACCGUCGAUUCCGUUCCUUGUUUACCGAACCUCGUCCGUUCGGUUUCCUGUUUCCUUGAGAGCCGUCGGAUGUUGCUACGGCACAGAUUCGUGCCUUCACGUCACGUCCAUGCGCGUGUUUGUCUCGAAAACAUAUCGCUGCUAGGUUACUGUGCACUGCUGGCGCGUGAAAACUGUCUCUGGUGCCGCAGAGAUUGCGAAGUACCUGGAUAACAGCCCAAUUGUCCUCGGUUUUGCUCACACCGUGAGCAAUCGCAACAGUUCUUUUUUUCCCGUCGCCUUUUCACCAAUUACGGCGGAUAGUCUUUUCGUCUAGCAUUCAACUGAAAGACGACCACUCUGCGACUUUUUUUGGAGUUCUGCGACUUCUCGACUUCUGUAACAGCGAUCGUAUUAACGAGCUGACUAUUCGCUGAUUAUCGAGGAGGUUGGCACCUCACGCCCGAGAUUUGACGGCCGUUACGUUGACAGCGAGUCAUGGCGUUCGGUGAUUUAGUCGGUGACCGCAUGAUGCGACGGCUCACGGCAGCGGGUCGCAGGGCAAUGCGACGGAAUGCGAGCGACAGUUGCUUCCUUCAGCAGCAGCAGCAAAGCAUGGGGAACGCGACAUCGGCGACGAAGGCUUCCUGCUCCCGCCGCGGCAGCCUGAUGGGUCGCUGCCGCAGCAAUAGCUGCAUCCACGCGAUGAAGAAGAACGACUCCAAUCCGUUAUUAUCUGAAGCCGUUUCUGGUCCUCAAAAGACCCCGCUAUUGUCACUCAGCAUGCUCCUCAAGCGCAAGGGCGUCGCACGACCUCCUGCAGCCGCCGAGCCUUUCUCCGAGCCUACCACCGAACCUGCGAAAGCGUUUCGCGCUGCUAUAUUCCCCAUCGCCGUUCUCGAGACCGAUGAGGAGGAGACCGAACCUUCCGACGCGACAGCAGUACCGGUUUUGACUACAUCAAGAAGCGUCAACCUCCCCUCUACAGGCUCCCUCUACGACGCGAAGCGACCGUUGACUGCCAAAUCUUCAAAGCCAGCCGUCUCAGCAGCAGCAGUCUCUGCCACACCAGCCGCAGCAGAAGUCUCAGCAGACGCGCAGCCAACGAAAUCGGCCCCAGCAGCAUGUGCCAAGCUUCCACCACCGGCGCCUUUGCCGGGUAAGCCGCCUGCCAGUCAGCCGGUUGACAUCAAGCAGCCGGCGACGGCCGGCCUUAACCGUCAGGCGGCUCUGCUGCAGAGCCGUCCGAUCUUCCAGCGGCCCGUUCUGGACACGAUUCCGUCCGCGCAGGAGCUUGAAGCCGACGGGUUCUCAUUAAGCACGCCCCCUGCUACGACCGGCGGGUCUUCGUUCUCGUCGUUCAUCCUCUCCCUCGUCACGCCCCGUGGGACCCAGAAACCGACGCCUGCUGCUGCUGCUGCUGCUGCUGCUGCUUCUUCUGCUACGCCCCAGUCCGCCGGUUCGUCUAUUUACUCGCUCACAGACUCGGACUCGGAUUCUGACUCGGAUGAUGAGAUUGGGGGAGACGGAGAGGAUGAGGGGGAGGGAGAGGAGGGCGUGUCUCCUCCUGGACUUGGUGAGGGGAGUGGAAGCUGGCGCAGGCUGGCAUCUGCCGGCAGGACGGCGAGUCUUGAAGCGAAGAAGACGGCGGGUGUUGGAUUGCAGAAGUCGGAGGUUCGGGACGGUGGAGCUGGGUUCUGGAAUCGCAAGAGAUGGCUGUCCUUCUCCCCUCGCUCCGCAUCUGCUGCUCGGGCGUGUGCACGUGCGAUUGCUGCUGCUGAUGGUGCUGGUGGUGCUGAUGGCUCCAAGUGUGUCAAGUCCACGCCUUCCUCGUCCUACACGUCUCCUUCCAAGCGUUCCGUGACGAGCCCAGAUGCAGCUUCGGACGCCGGUUCGGCAAACUCUGCUCCGGAUGGAGGUUCGGAAGUAGGUUCGGCUGCAGGUUCAGGAGGCAGAACUGGUGGAGGUUUUGACCGGGUGUUGGGGAUGGGAACGGGCGGCAGGAUCAGAUCCGGAGCGAGGAUGGGGGCGCUAUCCAGAAGCAUGUCGGAACGACUCCCGCCACUCACUCCGCUGGCGUCUGUGCUGGACUGUGACAUGCCGUUGACGUGGACUGCCAGCCUGGACCCGGAUUUAUGGGCGGUGCCAGAGCAUGGAAGUGGCGGUGAGAAGACAGGCGGGGUUGCCAGUCGUGACUGGAGGAGAGGGGAGAGAAUCUGGGGGGAGGAAAAAGACGACGACAGCAAGUUGGCAGCACGCCGCUCAGGCUGCAUUGAGUUGCCGGCCAGGGAUGCAAGGGGUGGCGUGGAUGGGCAAGGGGGAAGAGAGGCGGUGCCUGCUGCCAGCGUGGCAGGGGAUGGGGUGGUGUCGCCACCUGUCACGCCGCGAUUGCCCGAGCUGACAGAGGAAUCGUUUCUGCUGUCAGAGGCGACUCGUGCUGCUGUCUUCAAGCACCUGCCUGCCACGGCUAGCAGCCGGAAAUGGGUGCUGCUCUACAGCACCAUAAAGCACGGCAUAUCGCUCCUCACUCUCUACCGCAGGGCGUCCAUGCUCCCUGGCCCCUGCCUUCUGGUGGCAUCCGACAGCACAGGCACUGUUUUCGGCGCCUUUUCCCCGACAUCUCUCUCGCCGUCCGACCGCCGCAAGUACCAGGGCAGCAACCAGUGCUUCGUCUUCUCCGACGCCUCGGGCUCGCCCACGGUGCACCGGGCCACGGGGCGCAACCACUACUACGUGCUGCCCACCCACGACUGCCUCGCGUUUGGCGGUGGUGGAAAAUUCGCCCUGCGCCUCGAAGAGGACCUUCUAUCUGGCUCCAGUGGCGAGUGCGACACCUUCGCCUGUCCUUGUCUCGCAGAGAAAGAGGACUUCUGCGUCAAACAUGUUGAGCUAUGGGGCUUCGCCCAUGCGUCGCGCUACACACCAGCCAGAGCAGCAUGGAAGGAGCCUGAAAUGCGCCGCAGCUUUCACAACUAGCGGCACUCCUAGCUGCACUCCUGCAGCUUCCGCUUCUACCUGAGGCCGCAACUUUCGCCGUACUAGCUGCAGCUACCAUAACUUCCAGUUCUAGCGCCAGCUGCACCUACCGUAUCUCUGACUGCUGAACCACAGUUCUCUACACGUACCGUACCCUUUGAGUCGACUCAAAAGUCACUGCAGCUGCCGCAACUUCCAGCUCUAUCCACAGCUGCAUUCGAGUCGAAUCAAAAUCUGCAGCUACUGCAACUUCCAGUUCUAGCCGCAGCUGCAGCUACCGUACCUACGAGUGCUGAAGCCACAUCACAGCUCUCCACUCAUACCCUACCCUUUUGAGUCGACUCAAAAGUCACUGCAGCUACCGCAACUUCCAGUUCUAGCUGCGCCUGCCUUUACUUUCACCGUCCUAGCUGCAGAUGCAGCUACCGUAUCCGUAUCUAUGAGUGCUGAAGCCACAGCUCUCUAUACCUACCCUUUCCUGGCAGAAGGUCCCUGCGGCCACAUGGAUGCCAGGCUACUGUAACCCACUGUAACAUACUGUACAGGAUUUCAACUGCUACGGGUGGCGAUCUCUCAUCUGCUCUUCUAUGGUUUCCAGCAACGUGUUGGCUUGAUCGCUCAUCUGCUCUUCUAUGGUUUCCAGCAACGUGUUGGCUUGAUCGCUCAUCUGCUCUUCUAUGGUUUCCAGCAACGCGUUGGCUUGACCUCUCAUCUGCUCUUCUAUGGUUUCAAGCAAUGCAUGCGAGCAGUGGCGGCAACUUUUUGAGGUGGGGGAAAUAAGGGAUGGAAUGAGAGUACAGAAGGGGCUGGCCUUACGGUUAUGUAAAUAACGUGCAGCAGUUGUCAGCAGCAGGUGAGGGACAGGUAGCAAGGAAGUGGAUCAGGGGGGGAUGUCGUGGAAGAAGAAAGAGGAGGCUGCACAGUUGGAACAGUCCCCACCUCGUUCCACAAUCCCCAUUUCCUUGCGAGCUUUAUGCGCAAAUACCAAUAGCUUCUAUACAUGUGUGAUCCUUUCAUAUGUUUAGGCAUUUCUUAUCCAAUUGCCACCCGAAGGGUUUGGUAGUUGCUUGUUUGUAUACGCGUUAUAUAGUAUGAGAACGUAUUUUGGAUGUUA